AUGGAUUUGGCUGUCUCCUUCUCUUAUAAGUUUUGGUUUAAGCUCAGGAACAAUGACUGCCUUUGGGCUAAUUCCAUGACUAUUAAGUAUUAUGGGAGGAGGCAUCAUUCUCUUUGUGGCUACACUGUUGGUAAUUCUAAAGUUUGGAAAUGUUUUUGCUCGGUUAAGUGGAAGGUUGAGCCCUUUUGGCUUGGGGGCUUGGUUAUGGCAUCAUUUUCUUUUGGCAAGACUGCUGGAUUAAUGGUCCGGUUGCUGUUAAGAUGCAUUACCUGGGAGAAGACCUCUUCUUCUUCUGUUAAGCUGAAUGUUUCGGGUACUAAGUUGGGUAAUUAUUUUGGUUUUGGGGGUGUUCUUAGGGAUCAUAAUGGUUCUUUCAUUUGUGCUUUUGCUGGGCCUGUUGGUUGGGGGUUUUUCUCCAGGGCUGUCUUGGCUGGGGUGCUUCACAGUUUACAAUUGUUCAUCAAUUUGAACCUUACUGAUGUUAUUUUGGAAUAUGAUUUUGAUUUCAGGAUGAUCAGGAACUUAGAUGUUUAUAAUUUUUCUUCUAUGGAGAUUAGAGUGUACCUUAACUUGCUUAAUUAUAUCUUUUCCAUUAUUCCUGCUAUGGCCAAUGCGUCAGCUGCUGGUUUGGCUAGCAUUGGUUGUGUUUUGAACUAUGUUAUGGAUUUGGAUUUUCACCUGCUUCCGUCUAAUGUUAAGGGACUGGUUACUUCAUUUUUGCCUGAUCCUGUUUGGGCGUGGGAUUGUCAGAUCUUUGCGGAUGACUGCUUUGGGGAGCAUUUUGGGUUCUCGAGCUCGUAG